AUGAGAUUUGUCAAGGAGAACACUCAAAUACCGCUUCCAAAAGUGAUAGCCUUUGGAGACGCUCAGGAAAAUCAUGACCCUGCCAUAGGUCCAUUUCUCAUCACAGACUGGAUUGAAGGCAUACCGGUUACUGCCUUCCUUGAGAAGCUUCCUCGGCCUAGUUGGGGUCCUGUACUAAGAGACGACAUCGAGGAUCACCAACUUCGUAGCAUCUAUGGACAGAUCGCUAGCACCCACUUGGAACUGAGAAAGCACGACUUUGAGAAGAUUGGCGCACUUUCCAUGGUCGGGUCAGACGCGGGAGAAUCUUCAUGGUCUGUCAGAUCUAGACCGAUGACACUGAGAAUGAACGAGAUAGAAGCGGGCGGUAACGUUGUCGCAGACGGUAAGGUCGUUUGUUACGACAGUUGGCAUCCCUCUACUGACAUGCCUNNAGACCACAAUCUUCCUGCUUUCACGAGUACCACAGAUUAUGUGCGGAGCCUUGUCCAACAAAACAUCACCCAUCUACAUAAGCAGAGAAACUCGAUUGACGACGCUGCCGAUGCUCGACGGAAGUUUAUACUACGCUGCCGGAUGUCAGAACUCGUGCCACACUUCAUCUCUACAAAACACGACACCGGCCCAUUCAAGCUUNNUUUUUGUGACGACUUUCGAUUCGGCAAUGUGUUGAUGGAUGAGACGACCUUAAGGUUUACCAGUGUCAUAGAUUGGGAAUGGGCAUAUACAGCUCCUUCCCAAUUCUUGUUCUGCCCUCCUUCGUGGCUCAUCUUGGAACGUCCAACUCUCUGGACCAAAGAUGACGAAUAUCAUUACAAAGAGAAAUUAGCUAUCUUCUUGCAGUGCCUUAAAGAAGAGGAAGACAAAAGAUGGGGUGGAACGUCUCUCGAGAUACCAAAAGACCAACGUGUGUCGAGCUUGAUGCAAAAGUCCUUUGAAGAUGGCACGUUUUGGUUCAUCCAGCUGCUUCAGGAUACCUUUGAAUUCGACGAGGAGCCUUCAUGGCUGAACCUCGAGAAGGUGCUCCAGGAAAGGGGAUUGCUAGACGUAGGCUUGCCCAGCGAAGAGGAUAUCGAGAAGUUUGUGGAAGAGAGAUUGAAAGAGCUGGAACAAUAUGAUCAGGAUCUGCAAUCCUUGGAAGAUUGA